AUGUCCUACUCUCCUAAUGGCACUUCCUCAUCUUUGAUCUUCCUCUUGACUGGUGUUCCUGGGCUUGAAAGUGCCCAUACCUGGAUCUCUAUCCCUUUUUGUUGUCUCUACCUAACAGCCCUCUCUGGGAAUGGCUUGAUCUUGUUUGUGAUCAUCACGGAGUCAAACCUCCAUGAACCAAUGUAUUAUUUCCUUUCCAUGCUGUCUACUACUGACCUGGGCUUGUGCAUUUCAACAUUGGUCACUAUGCUGGGCAUAUUCUGGUUCAACACCAGAGAGAUAGGUUUCAAUGCAUGUGUGUCCCAGACGUUCUUCAUUCAACUCUUCACUGUGAUGGAAUCCUCAGUGCUUCUGGCCAUGGCUUUUGAUCGUUUUGUUGCCAUCUGCAAUCCUCUGAGAUACGCCACUAUUUUAACAGACUCCCGCAUUCUCAAAGUUUGGUUGAUGAUCCUCUUUAGAGGGACAAUAAUACUAAUGCCUUUGAUAUUGCUUCUGAAACGACUAUCCUUUUGUCGCAGCCGUGUGCUACACCAUUCCUACUGCUUCCACCCUGACAUCAUUCAGUUAUCUUGUUCAGACAAUAAAAUCAAUAGUGUGCUUGGACUAACUGCCCUCAUCAUCACUGCAGGGGUGGAUUCUAUCUUUAUCCUGCUCUCUUAUGUCCUAAUCAUUAGAACUGUUCUAAGCAUUGCAUCUCCAGAAGAGAGGCACAAGGCUUUCAGCACAUGCAUAUCCCAUAUUGGUGCUGUAGCCAUCUUCUACAUUCCCCUAAUCAGCUUAUGCUUUGUCCACAGAUUUGGGAAAUGGGCCCCUCCAUAUGUACACACGCUCAUGGCAAAUGUGUACCUGCUCAUUCCCCCUGUUAUGAAUCCUAUUAUCUAUAGUGUGAAAACUAAACAGAUUCGUAAAGCCAUCCACAAAGUUCUCUUUCCCAAGGGGAGCCAGGUUUGA